AUGUAUUAAGAAUAUAAUUUAAAUAAAAACAAUUAUUAAUAUUUAUUCAAAAUGGGAAGAAAAAAUAGGGAUUUAUCAUAUUUAAAGCCAUUUUGUUUUUACUGUGAUAAAACAUUUAAAAAUGAAGUUUAUCUACAUUAGCACUAAAAGGCAAAACAUUUUACUUGUUAAAGAUGUUUUAAAAAGUUUUCAUCUUGCGAUUCUUUGAAAAAUCAUGUUGAAUCUGCUCAUCAUGAAGUUUUAACUAAGUACUUUAUGUUUAAAAUUAGAAUACCAAAUGCUACUGGAGACAGAAGUGAUAUAAAGAAUAAAAUAUUUGGAAUGCAAGGUGUCCCUAGAGUUGAAAUUGAAAAAAGAAUCAGAAAAGGUGCUGAAGAAUAUUGGACAAAGAUUUUAAGUGCUUAAUAUCAAUAAAGAAGGAAAGAAAAUAAAUAAAGAAUAAAACAAAAUAAAUUAGUGGCAAAAUAAGAGAAUUUAUAAGAAAUUAGAUAAGAAGUAAUUAUAUUAAUUAUUACAUCAAGAAUGAAUAAGAAGAAAUCAAUUAAUAUGAAUAUAAUCCAGAAGCUAAACCAAUCAGUUUUGAUCUUGAUUUUGAUUAAUUACCAAAAUAAUGAG